UGACACGGCGUGCUGCUGCGGUCCAUCCUCACUGCUGUCCGCUCCUCGCAGGAGAGCGGAGCCUGCGCUCGAAAGCCCAAGGCGCUGAAACGCUCCUCGGCUUGCCCGGUUUCUUUCUGGGUACUCUUCAAGCUUAUUUCUGAGAAAUGAAUCAGCGCAGCACGAUAUUUAAGCUUGUCGGCAGCUGCUGUGUGUGAUCUGGAAUUAGAGGAAAGGGCAGCAGUGAAAAUGGAGCUGCCUGAUGGCUUGUUGCUGCAGGUCAACAAUGGAGAGCAGUGGUGCAACCGGUGGAAACAUCCCAACGAAGACUCUGACCGGAGCACCAGCCCCUCAGUCCUGCGCUCAGUUGCCAGGACGUGGAAGGAGGGUCUGCUGAACAGAAAGAGGCCCUUUGUGGGCCGAUGCUGCCACUCAUGUACUCCACAGAGCUGGGAGCAAUUGUUCAACUCCAGCAUUCCCUCUCUGGGCCUGCGCAACGUCAUCUACAUCAACGAGACUCACACUCGACAGCGAGGCUGGUUGGCACGGAGACUGAGCUAUGUGCUGUUUGUUAUGGAGAGAGAUGUCCGCAAGGACAUGUUCACCAGGAACGUGGUUGACAAUGUGCUCAACAACAGCAGAGUGGAAACGGCUAUUUUAGCUGUAGCAACCGAUUCGAAGGCAGCCGCAAGCCGUCCUGGUCAGGAGCACAAGUCUGUCAGUAAAGUGAAGCAGAAAGCCAGAGCUUUCCUUCAGGAGAUGGUGGCCAACAUUUCACCAGCCUUCAUCAGACUAACAGGUUGGGUGCUUCUGAGGCUGUUUAAUGGGUUUUUCUGGAGCAUCCAGAUCCAUAAAGGACAGCUGGAAAUGGUCAAAAAGGCUGCCUCAGAGCAAAACGUACCCAUGGUCUUCCUCCCUGUUCACAAAUCCCACAUCGACUACCUGCUCAUCACGUUGAUUCUGUUCUGUCAUAACAUCAAAGCCCCCCACAUCGCUGCUGGAAACAACCUGAGCAUCCCGAUCCUCAGCACUGUGAUCCGUAAACUUGGAGGAUUCUUCAUACGGAGGAGAAUGGAGGACUCGGGGGAUGGGAAGAAAGAUAUUUUGUACCGAUCCCUUCUGCAUGCAUACACGGAGGAACUGAUGCGGCAGCAGCAGUUUUUAGAGAUCUUUUUGGAGGGCACUCGCUCCCGCAGUGGGAAGCCAUUUCCAGCACGUGCAGGCAUGCUGUCCAUCGUGGUCGACACUCUGUGCACGGGGGCCAUCGGAGAUUUGCUGGUGGUGCCAGUCGGCAUCUCGUAUGACCGCAUUAUUGAGGGAAACUACAAUAGCGAGCAGCUGGGCAAACCCAAGAAGAAUGAGAGCUGGUGGGGAAUAGCGUGCGGGGUGUUCAGGAUGCUGAGGAAGAACUAUGGCUGUGUUCGAGUUGACUUCAACCAGCCUUUCUCCCUAAAGGAGUAUUUGGACACUCAGAGGAGUCGUCAUAUUCCGCCACCGGUGUCUCUGGAAAACGCCUUGCUGCCCAUCAUUAUUUCUGCACAGCCUGACGGUCGGUUGUUUGAAGCGCAGGAAGAGGAGCAGAUGGACAGAGAGCUUCCUGCAGAGAUCUUCAGACGACAACUCAUCAACAACUUAGCCAAACACGUUCUCUUCACGGCUAAUAAAUCAUCAGCGAUCAUGUCGACCCACAUUGUGGCCUGUCUGCUGCUGUAUCGACACAGACAGGGAGUGGUUCUGUCCAGGCUUGUGGAGGACUUCUUCAACAUGAAGGAGGAGAUCCUGUCACGAGACUUUGACCUGGGCUUUUCAGGAAACUCCGAGGACGUGGUCAUGCGUGCCCUCCACCUCCUGGAAAAAUGCGUCAACGUGACCGGCAGCUCCAAUCGCAACGGGGAGUUCACCAUCGCGCCCGCUCAAACUGUGCCGGCGCUUUUUGAGCUCAACUUCUACAGCAACGGCCUUUUCCUGGUCUUCAUUUCUGAUGCAAUCAUUGCCUGCAGCAUCCUGUCGCUGCAGCGAGAGCUGCUGAUGGAAUCAGAGUGUGGUCACCCCCCUAAAGAUCCCAACAGUCUGCUUCUCAGUCAGGAACGCCUCAUCCACAAGGCUGCUGGUCUCUCGCAGUUCCUCAUCAAUGAAGUGGCUGUGGCGUCUCCCUGCCAGACGAUUUGCCAAGUUUUCCAUGAUGCAGUGACCCGACUGAUCCAGUAUGGCGUCCUCUAUGUGGCCGAAGAGGACCAGGAGGAACUGAGUUCCAGUCCGUCUGAGGAACCGUGGCCCAAAAAGUUCUCUGAGCCCCUUUCCUGGAGAAGUGACGAAGAAGACGAGGACAGUGACUUUGGAGAGGAGCAACGAGAUCGCUACCUUAAGGUGAGCGUGUCGACGGAGCACCAAGAGUUCUUCAGCUUCCUUCAGCGUCUGCUCAGCCCGGUGCUGGAGGCCUACGGCGGGGCUGCAGUCUUCAUCCACAGCUUGAGUCAGCCCAUGUCUGAGUCCGAUUAUACCCAGAGGCUCUUCAAGUUCCUGCUGACGAGAACAGAGAGAGGCGUGGCUGCUUAUGGUGAAAGUGCAACUCAUUAUCUGGUGAAGAAUACUGUGAAGACUUUCAAAGAGCUUGGGGUCCUGAAGGAGAGGAGAGAGAACAGGGUGACGAUGCUGGAGCUGAGCAGCACCUUUCUACCUCAGGCCAACCGCAACAAACUCCUGCAGUACAUUUUAGGAUUCACCCUGAUGUGACUGAUACACCUUUCAGACGCCAGGCUCCUUCCAUUAAAAGGGCUUCUGCUGGUUACUUUGAAAACAAUCCCAGGUGCUACUCUGUGGAAAGCUUUACCAGGAAGUGCCUUCACGUAACAGCCGCUAACGGUUAGCUGUUAGCCGUAAGAGACUUGAAGCCAGUCUUUAGUUGAAAAUCACAUUAAUCCAUGAAGUGGUAACACACUAGACAUAACUUCUUUAAGGACAUUGCCUACAAAAUUUAAAAAAUCUUUUAACAAACAAUCGAAUCGAGCAAGCUGAAAAAAAAGGAGCAAUUCGAACAAAAAAAGUUGCCUUUCAAGUAAAUAACUACGGCAACAUUUUUAUGUUGACUUUUUUGCUUGUUAGGACAAAAUGAUAUAAUCUCCUUAGUGCACUUUAAUAUCAAGCUGUAGGAAAUGUUACAACGUAGUUUUCAUGACGAGUACAUUUUUAAAUCAAAUCCUUGUAAAUAGGUCGCGGUGCGUAUAAAUACUGACACCCUGCUGUCAUGACUGAAAGACUUAGCUGAGAGGGUGUGUCCCAGCAAACGUGCACAAAUUCAGUUUUUUAUGAACAAAAACGUUCUUCCGUUCCGUUACAAGUUUGAGUUAUCGCAGCAAAGUGGUUCGACCUUAGUCUGAUGGAAAUCUGGCAAAGUCGUGCCUAAAAUCGUUGAUGUUUCAAGUAAAAACAUUCGACCCACAGAUCUCUAAACGAGAAGAGGUUUGAUUAAAAAAAUGAAAAUUUCAAAGCAUGUCACAACGCACAGCAUAUGAAAUGAAUAAAACCAGCCAUCACAUCAACACGCAACUCAGACACACUUGGUUUUCAGGGAAACAAGCUCUGCUGGGGAGUAAAACUUUGCUCCAAUAGCUGUAAAACGAAACUUUGUUAUAAUUUAGUAAAAAUGAAUGGUACAAAGAAAAGCCAGCUAUUUUGAUGAUAGUUUCUGUAGUGAUGUGAGGAGCAGUGAGUUAGUUUUUAUUUUUAUUUUAUUUGGUAAUGUUAAAAGUUUCCAGGAGAACUGUAUGAUUACAAAAAAAAGGUAGAAACUCAUUUUAAUCUCUCAGUAUGUAAAUCUCGAUAAUUUACAUUUUACUUUUGUGUCAAAACGCAUACGAAUAAAAACCGUGGUCAGUCAGGUUUUGUCAAAUAGAUUAUGAUUGUAUUUUAUUUUGAACUUGAACUUUAAUGUAAAAUAUUUAGGAGUACACAACUUUGAAGGGUCAAAACCGUUUGAGGAAUUAUGAUUGGUUGGAUUACUAAUCUCAAACAGACUAAAGAAAUAUAGGAAGCAGAUUAAUAUAAACAUUAGCAACAAUGCUUAAAAUACUGCUGGUUUCAGUUAUUUUUUAUGAAAUAAAAAUUUUGUUUUUUUUUGCUUAUUUUUAAGCAAUUUGUCAAGUCUGUGUACAAAUCCACCCAGACUGAUCAGUGAAAGGCUUGUUGAGGAGCAAAGUAACCUAAAAGGCUGCGAGCUGGAAGAAUGAUGAAACUCUGAGAGCGUUUCUGAGCCCACAGACUGUUACAGGACCCCCUCAGCCUGGAGAAAACCACUAAACUGAUCAGAGCUGCAUGUUUCCUCUGGUCGCCUUUUGCUCUUCAAUUUCCUUAAUCCGCCAACAUCGCCGUGCGUGAGUAUGUUAGACAAUUGUUGAAAAUAUGUUGAAUGUAUCUUAUCUGUCUAAAAUGGACAGUUUGAUGCGACUACUGGAAGGCAUCGGUACAAAUAAAAUAAGGUUUAUAUGAACUGUUGGUGAGAUUAAUUGUUACAUAACGUCUCACUUUAAUCUAUGUAUUAAUGUAAAAAAAAAAGCCUGUAUCUGGGAGCCGUUUGCCUUUUAUUUUUUCACUCUAGUGUUUCUCGGUUUCUGAUUUUUCUGCAUGGGCACCACUUGUUUUAUUUGUAACUUAAAAAAAGGUAGAUCAUUAACAAAAAAGCAAGUGGAGAGAAUUUUUUCUGUUAAGAAUAAUUACCAGCUACUAAAGGUUGUUUUUUUUUUUAGCUGUUGCUCAUUCAGAGCACAGCUCAACUGGCAUUAGAUGUUUUUAAUUAAAUAAAUGGUUAACAAUUAUCUGUUUCUAUUAUGUUUAGAGGCGCGACUGAUGGUGAUUGGAAAUACCCUGCAGGUUAAAUUAACUAAUUAUUUGUUCUGGCUAUUCAAACAGUUUGUAAACGGUGUGCAACACGAUGUGUAGAUGUGCCACAAACGUGUGGGAAUCAUUUAAAACAAUGUUAGAAUGUACAUGGAAACAUGCUGUAUGUAGCAGCUUCACAU